AUGCCUUCCCAAACAGCAGCCAAGAAUUUCUAUCAGGUGGUCAAACAGGCGCCGAAGGGCCGUUUCCAUGGAAUCAAGCGGUCGUACGAGGUGGAAGAUGUAUUGAAACUACGCGGAUCUGUCGAGAUUGAGCACACGCUGGCGGCUCGAGGUGCUAACAAACUGUGGCAAUUGUUGCAUACGGAGCCUUACGUGGCAGCCCUUGGAGCUCAGACCGGAAACCAGGCAACACAGAUGGUUCGUGCUGGAUUAAAGGCGAUUUAUCUAUCAGGAUGGCAAGUGGCUGCCGAUGCGAAUUCUGCCGGCGACAUGUACCCUGACCAAUCCCUCUACCCAGCGAAUUCUGGCCCAGAUCUAGCCCGUCGCAUCAACCGAUCCCUCCGUAGAGCCGAUCAGAUCGAAGCCGUUGAAGCCGAUGACUAUCAGGCAAAGCGUGAUUGGUAUGCGCCGAUUGUGGCUGAUGCUGAAGCUGGCUUUGGAGGAGCUUUGAACUGCUUUGAAUUGAUGAAGUCCUACAUUGAAGCCGGAGCCGCUGGUGUGCACUACGAAGAUCAGUUGGGCUCUGAGAAGAAAUGUGGACAUAUGGGUGGAAAGGUCCUCAUUCCGACUGCGCAGCAUAUCCGACAUUUGAAUGCGGCACGUCUUGCUGCUGACGUGUGCGGGGUUCCGACGAUUAUUGUGGCUAGGACUGACGCGGAAAGCUCUAGGCUUCUGACCAGUGAUGUUGAUGAGCGUGACCAUCCAUUCAUCGAUCGGGCGGCUGGAAGAACGGUUGAAGGAUUCCAUAGACUACGUGAAGAUACGGCCCUCCAAUACUGCAUCAAGCGUGGUAUCGAAUACGCUCCCUACUGUGACCUGAUCUGGAUGGAGACCAGCCACCCAACAAUCGCUGAUGCCAAGGAAUUUGCUGAGGGUGUCCGCAGGGUGUACCCCGACAAAAUGUUCGCCUACAAUUGUUCGCCAUCGUUCAACUGGAAACAGCACUUGUCACCGACGCAAAUGGAGAAAUUCCAAAAGGAACUGGGCGCGAUGGGUUUCAAAUACCAAUUCAUCACACUCGCCGGCUUCCAUGCAAACUCGUUCAGCAUGUUCGAUCUGGCCAAGGGAUAUAAGGAACGUGGUAUGGCCGCGUAUUCUGAGCUGCAACAGAAGGAGUUUGAUGCUGAAAGACAUGGCUACACUGCUGUCAAACAUCAACGUGAGGUCGGUACGGGAUAUUUCGAUCAUGUUGGAAACGCCAUUUCUGGAGGAACCUCAUCCACUGCUGCUCUCAAGGGAUCAACAGAAGAAGCUCAAUUCCAUGGCACAGCCACUGCCUCCGCUGACGAUGAGGAGAUCGUUACCCUGACCGCACCGCCAAGCCCCGGUGACGAGAAGAUACUGGCACCAGAUGCUCUUCGGUUCAUCCGAGAUCUACACAAAAAAUUCAACAAACGGCGCCAGGCAUUGCUGGAGAAGCGGAAAACAGUUCAAACAAGCUUGGAUUCUGGGGAAUGGUUCCCGGAUUUCGACCCUAAGACCAAGGAUAUUCGUGAAUCGACGGAUUGGCGCGGAUCAGACAUCCCUCAUGAUUUGAUGGACCGCCGUAUUGAGAUUACCGGCCCGACUGAUCGGAAAAUGGUCAUUAAUGCAUUGAAUUCAGGAGCUAACGUAUUUAUGGCCGAUUUUGAAGACUCAAACUCGCCGACGUGGAGGAAUCAAUUGGAUGGACAGAAGGAAUAUUCAUUGAGGAAAGAUCCGGCUGUGCUAAAAGUGCGCCCACGUGGCUGGCAUUUGCCUGAGAAGCACGUCCUCGUUGACGGCCAAGCCACUUCCGGCUCUUUGGUCGAUUUUGGCCUGUUCUUCUUCCAUAAUGCGAGAGCUCAAAUUGACCGCGGUACCGGACCCUAUUUCUACCUUCCCAAGCUGCAAUCCGCCGAAGAAGCUCAACUCUGGGCUGACGUCUUUGCAUAUGCCGAGGAAGCUAUGGGAGUCCCACACGGAACUACAAAGUGCACGGUGUUGAUUGAGCACCUGUUGGCCAGCUUCCAGAUGAAUGAGAUUAUCUACGCAUUGAGAGACAAUAUUGUUGGGUUGAACUGUGGACGCUGGGAUUAUAUCUUCUCUUAUGUAAAGGUCUUCCAAAAUCAUCGGAAAUUUAUGUUGCCGGAUCGGUUCCAAAUUUCAAUGACUUCGCCGUUCCUCCGUGCGUACAGCCUGGAAGUUAUCAAGACCUGCCACCAGCGUGGUAUCCAUGCCAUGGGCGGAAUGGCAGCCCAGAUCCCGAUUCGAGGAGAUGCGGCAGCAAAUCAGAAGGCGCUGGCGAUGGUGAGGGCCGAUAAGGAGCGUGAGGCAACGGAUGGACAUGAUGGAACAUGGGUUGCGCACCCUGGACUUGUCCCAUUGGCUAAAGAAGUAUUUGACGGUGUCAUGCAAAGCCCCAAUCAAAUCGAGAAAACGUUGAACUGGGCGGCGACGAAAGAAGAUCUGACGGCAGUCCCGAAAGGCGCAAGGAGUGAAGCUGGUUUCCGCCGGAAUGUCGCUGUCAACCUUGGAUACAUGGAUUCAUGGCUACGUGGUGUCGGAUGUGUGCCCUUGUAUAAUUUGAUGGAAGAUGCGGCGACAGCUGAGAUUUCUCGUGCUCAACUUUGGCAAUGGGUUCGACACGAUGCGAAGCUUGAUGAUGGCCGUGCUAUCGAUUCAAAGCUGGUAAAAGACACGAUCAAUGCCGAGCUUGAGAAACGACUGAUCCGGGCCGGAUCUGUCGUCAAUCGACUGCCAGAGGCCGCCGAACUGCUCGAACAAUUUGUUUGUGAGGAUAAAUUGAGCGACUUCCUGACGUUGGCUGCCUACGACAAACUUGUCUCUGAGGGCCAU